UUCAUUUCUUUUUACCUGACUUCCUGUUCUGUGCAUACUAACAAGCAUGGCUGCUAUAGGAGUGCAUUUUGGUUGCACAUGUGCUUGUGUUGCAGUUUUUAAGGAUGGCAGAGCCGAUGUAAUUGCAAAUGAUUCAGGUGAUCGAGUCACCCCGGCUGUUGUUGCAUACAGAGAAAGAGAACAGAUUGUUGGUCUGGCAGCAAAGCAAGGAAGAAUAAGAAAUGCAUCAAACACUGUGGUAAAAGUGAAGCAGAUCCUUGGCAGAAGUUACGAUGAUCCACAGGCCCAGAAACACAUUACCGAGAGUAAAUGUUCAGUUAUUGAUAAGGAUCAAAAGCCCAGAUAUGAGAUUGAUACUGGGGAAGAUACCAAACUUGUUCCCCCUGAAGAAGUAGCAAAGCUAAUCUUCAGCAAGAUGAAGGAAACUGCUCAGUCAGCAUUGGGUUCAGAUGUCACUGAUGCAGUAAUUACUGUGCCUUUUGAGUUUGGGGAGAAGCAGAAGAAUGCUCUGAGACAGGCUGCCAUGGCAGCUGGUUUUAAUGUGUUGAGACUAAUUCAUGAACCCUCUGCUGCAUUGCUAGCUUAUGGGAUUGGCCAAGAAUCACCAACUGGAAAAAGUUAUGUCCUGGUUUACAAACUUGGAGGCACAUCCCUUUCUGUUACGGUGAUGGAGGUUAACAGUGGGAUGUAUCGAGUGCUUGCCACACAGACAGAUGACAGUAUUGGUGGUGAAUGUUUUACAGAGGCUCUUGCCCAGCAUUUAGCAUCUGAAUUUCAGAGGACCUAUAAGCAAGAUGUAAGGGGAAACCCCAGAGCUAUGAUGAAGUUAAUGAACAGUGCAGAUGCUGCAAAGCACACCUUGUCCACACUGGGGAGUUCAAACUGUUUUGUAGAUUCGCUCCAUGAUGGUAUGGACUUUGAUUGUAAUGUGUCCAGGGCUAGAUUUGAACUUGUAUGUUCUUUACUCUUCAAUAAGAGUAUACAGCCAAUUAAGAAUCUUUUGGACCAAGUUGGUCUCUCAGCAAAUGAUAUUAAUAGGGUGGUGCUGUGUGGAGGCUCUGCUCGUAUCCCCAAGCUCCAACAGAUGAUCCGGGAUCUGUUUCCAGAUGUGGAGCUCCUAAACUCCAUCCCUACCGAUGAAGUGAUCCCAAUUGGAGCUGCCAUAGAGGCAGGCAUAUUGGUUGGAAAGGACAGCUCCCUGCUGGAUGAGGAGUCUUUUGCAGUGGAGUGCUGUGCAAAGGAUAUCCUGGUGAAGGAAGCCGAUGACUCUGGGGCUGAUGUAUACACAGUUUUGCUACCAUCUGGCACCCCUUUGCCAGCAAGGCGACAUCACACCCUACAAAGUCCAGGGAAUGUUUCUUCAGUGUGUUUUGAGCUGUACCAGUCCAUUGGAAAGAACUGUGCCUCUCAAGCUAAUAAAUUUGCACAGAUUGUACUUGAAGAUUUAGAGAAGAUAGAAGAAACAACCCGUGACAUUAUAACAGUUCUUACCAUGAAAAGGGACGGGUCCUUACAUGUCACUUGUACUGACCAAGGAACUGGAAAAUCAGAAGCCAUCACAAUUGAAGUUGCAUCCUAAAAUAACUUCAGAAUAAAACCCUUUACUGCCAGUUUGAGAUGUUCUGCUUUAACAUAUUAUUAAAAAAAACAAAAACUGUGAACAUCUAGGUAGGUGGGUGUGUGUGUGUGUGUGUGUGUGUGUAUAUAUAUAUAUAUAUAUAUAUAUAUAUAUAUAUAUAUAUAUAUAUAUAUAGCUUUGUAAAAUGUCUUGGCAAGCAUAAUGUAGUUGUCCAGUUGGAAAAUGAACAUGAUAUUGAUAACCAUAGAAGACAAAUACAUUAGUAAUACACACCAAUUUUAUGUACUCUAUAAUUCCUUAGGCAAAGCAAUUGUUACGCUCAUCCAUUUCAGGUAUAUCUGUAAAUAUUAAUAUUUAAUAGAUUUCAUACUUGAAUUUCAUACAGUUUUCUGUUGGGUUUAAAUAUUCCAAGUUGAAGACACAACUGCAAUUGAGUUUGUUAAUGCAUGCCAAUUUUUAAAGCCUGUUUAAUUAAGCCAGUCAAUAUUUUCUUGGCAUAAUAAAAAAAUUAAAAUCAAA